CUCUCUCUGCGACAGCCAACCAUGCCCGCAACUAACAAGCAUGUGCCGUCCAAGGACCUAACGGUGACGUGGUCUUCUAUGUCAGGGGGGCUCUCGCUCAGCACUCCGACAGGUACCGCAGAGACCAUCCUAGUCUUUCUCGUUCUCACCUGGCUCUCGGCGUUGGUGGUGGUCACCCAGACCGAUGCCCUCAUCCACCUCUCCAAGGAUACGCUCGUCCCGCUCAACUGGAGCGACCAUGCUGAGACCCUUUCUACAUACCUCGCGCCGUACAAGUCGUUCUCGGUCACCCAGGCCUGCGCGACGACCAUGGUAGUCACCAUGUUCUUCGACACUCUCCGGCUUGUCUUUGCGGAGACCGACAACGAGACUCGGACGUGCACGUAUCUGGUGCUGAUCAACUUUGUGGCUCUCACCACGUAUGUCUCCAUGCUCAUGGAGUUUGAUCGGUCGUUCUGGCUCAACCCGGAGACCGGCGUUGUCACCAACGUCCGGCGUAUGCUCUCGUGGAUUGUCUCGACGCCGCUCAUUGUGACGCUCUCGUGCUCGCUGGCUUCGGCCGACCUCCGCACUCUCAUCCGCAUGAUCGCCAUCGACGUGGUCAUGGUCCUCACUGGCAUUAUGUGCUCGCUCGCCUCGCAUGCGUCGGCACUUUUCUGGAUCACCUCGGUCACGUCGUUCGCGGCCUUUGGCCUCAUUCUUCUCGAGUACAAUGCCCUCUUCCGCAGGGUCACCUCCAAGGUCACCGUCCGCGGCGAAGGCUCGGAGCGCGAUGUCCGCGCCAUCCAGACUGUUCUUAUCGUCACCAACUUGUUCUGGCUCGCUUUUCCCACCUCGUGGACCCUCGAGCACGCCGGGUACAUCUCCGGCCCCCUCUCUGAGAAGCUCCUGGCUGUGGCAGACAUUGGGGCCAAGUGCGUCCUCUCCGUCGUUCUCGCCCACACCAACCUCGCGUCUGUCUGGCGUCGCGAGGUGCUUAACGCCAUGCGCUCGCAGAUUGUCAAGUCGUCCGAGCGCGAAGUGCUCUCGGCGCUCACCCACGAGCUGCAGACGCCGCUCCACGGUAUUGUAGCCUCGGUUGAGCUGCUCAAGAACAUGAAGCUCGACGCAGAGCAAUCUCGAAUCUCGGCUGUCAUCGAAAAGUCGGGCAAGCUCCUCUCCAACACCCUCAAGGACAUGUUUGUCAAGGGCGGCGUCAUCGCCGACGAGAUUGCCCCGUCUGUUGUCUCGCGCCCGUUUAACAUUGCCGACUUGUUCGAGUCGGUCGUCGGUUUCUCGGCCUCGGCCUCGCUCGCCCGUGGCAUCGACAUCAUCUCGCUCAUCGAUGACGAGUGCAACGUCACCGCCACCGGCAACAACUAUGUGCUGGAGCAUCUGAGCAUGGCUCUCGUUACCUACCUCUCGAACCAGCCUGACACGACCAUGACCCUCAUCGAAGUCACGCUGGAAGACAACUUUGACGUCCCACCCGAGCUGCUCGCCGAGUCGCUGCCAGGCGCCGAGUGGUCCACCCUUGUCUGCUCCAUCUCGUCCACCGGCGCCGGCAUGCGCGAGUCCGACCUCACCGCCGCUAUCGAGUCGCUUUCCGACCCGCGAACCGACCUCGGCCGCUGCUAUGAGCUCACCCAGACCCUUUCCGGCGACCUCGGCAUCCGCUCGCAGUACGGCAUCGGAACUGCAGUCUUCUUCACCAUCCCCAUCCAGAUCGAGCGCGCUGUCGUCCGGCCACCGUCGAUCAUGGACGCCGCCGGAGACGUCGACAUCCUCAUCGUCCACCCAGUCGAGCUCAUGUGCAUUUCGCUCGCCCGCUGCUUUGACGCCCCGAGUGUCAACAUCACCUGGGCCACCUCGCCCGACGACCUCGCGGCCGCCAUCAACACUGCCUUUCGCAAGUCGGCCCGCGACACGGCGUUCAAGUUUGCCCUCAUCGACGAGUCGGUCAUGCAGUCGGCGCCCACCAUCCGCCGACUCACCCAGGAUAUGCACAUCCCGAUCGUGGCGCUGGUCAACCCGUUCUCGCCCACCACCGCCAAGCGCCCGCGCGGCAUCAAGGCUCGCAUCCGCAAGCCGGUUACUCUUCUCGGCCUCCGAAACGUCUUUGCUAACCUCACCGAGCGCUUCGACCUCGGUGCCGCCGCGGGCCGCUCGUCCAAGAAGGCCAGCGCCAAGGCCAAAGCCAAGGCCAGCGCUGACGACAAGGGCGGGGACGCCGACUCGGACUCGGACGAGUACAUGGGCUCGGCCACUAGUCGCAUUUCGUACCGCCCUGUCAAGUCCAGGUCGACCAGUCUUGUGACCAGCGACGACUCGGACGGCGCCUCGACUCUCGGCUCGCUUGACCUCACCGUCGACACGCUCGACUCGUCAAUCACCGGCGGUGGUGGCGCCGGCGGCGGCUGGUCCAAGGUCCUCUCCGACCGCCUCUUCCAGUCCAUCCUUGUGGCCGACGACUCGCUCAUCAACAUCAUGAUUGCUCAAUCAAUGCUUGAGCAGGGCGGUUUCAGCAACAUCGAUACUGCCGUCAACGGCGAGGAGGCUGUCGAGCUCUACGAGCAGUCAGUUCGCUACGACUACCCCAUCUCGUUUGUGCUUAUGGACUGCAACAUGCCGGUCAUGGAUGGCUACACCGCCGUCCGCUCUAUUCGCGCUCUGGAGAAGGAGGCGGGCUCGCGCCGCACCCCGGUCAUCGCCUUUACCGCAAACGUCUCGGAGGAGAACCGCCGCCUCUGCGCCGAGGCCGACAUGGACCUCUUCCUCACCAAGCCCUUUGAGAUCGAUGACCUUCGCAUCCUUGCCGUCUGUCUCCUCGCCGACGUCUCGUCCCCGCCCGACGACGCCACCCGCGCUCGCUUCCAGCAGCUGCUCCUCCACCCCGACGGUCUGGAGCGGUUGCAGCUCUCGUGGUUCUCCUCAUAA